AACACAACUAUUAUAUAGUAUGGCUGUACCUAGAAGACGCAAUACCAGCAGUCAGGUCAAAGUAGCUUUGCUCGUAUGCACAGUUACUUUUUUUGCGAUGGGUAUCUUUGCCUAUAUUUGUUUUCGUGGGUUGGAGUUGUGGUUCAGUACCACUAUGAGCUUUCAAAAUACGCAAGUUUAUUUGUUAUCGGAUGACAACUUUGAUAAAUUUUUGGACAACGCAGAAAGGGAUGUACUGAUAACUUUCUAUGCGCCGUGGUGCCCAUACUGUAGAGGAUUGAAGCCGGAACUAAUAAAGUUUGCUGAACAGGAAAGGUCGAGAGUAUUUUGUGCAGCAGUAGAUGUCACUCAAAGUGAAUCUUUGGCUUCGAGGUACCAUAUUGAAUCUUUGCCAACUAUCAUGUGGUUCCAUAGAGAUGAUAAAGAGCACCCUGUAAUAUUUGAAAAGAAAAGAAGAGAUAUAACUGGCUUAGUUGCCUUUAUGAAGGAGAAUAUGUAACAGUGGGUUCAAAAGAAAUGUGGAGAUUUUAUU